UUGACCGUGGACAUCGCCAGCCAGGAGCGGAUCGACGUCAAAGCGAGCAUCGCGGAACGCCAGCAGAGCAUCGAAGGUCACCAGCAGAUCACCGCUUACAGCCAGGAGCGACUAGAUGUCUUCGAGGGGCGCAUGGCCGUCGACAGGAUGAGCACAGCCGACAGCCAGAAGGGCACCGAUGUCGACCAGCGGCGCGCCGCCGACAGACAUGGGAAAAUGUACGACGACAGUGAGAAGAUAGCUGGCCAGCAGCAUAACCUCGAGGGCAACCAGCAGCGCACGGCAGACUGCCAGCGGAGCAACACGAUCAAGCAGUUGUGCACCGAGAGCUCCUUGGCUAAAGACAUCGGCGACAUGAGCAACGUGGAUAUCCUGCAAGACAUCGUGGGCGAUUUUGGGAACCACUUGGGAAAGAGCUUCCUGCAUCGAAGACGGCUGCUCGACCAACGCCAUUUGAGCAAGGAGUGCCUACAACAGAGCACCGGCACGUACCAGGAGCACACGGACGACGACCAGAUGAGUUGCGCAGGCGAGCAGCACACAAACGAGAGCAAUUUGCAGAGUUCAAUCGGGCGUCAGCAGUGCACAGCACACAAUCAGAUGAGCUCUGGAGGCAUCCUGCCCACAAGUACGUUCAACGAGAUGUACGAUUACGACGGCCAGAAG